UUCAGCGGCCGCGGCUCCGGAAGAAGACAGACAGGGUGUGGGCACUUAUCACCGUGUGGCGAACUGAAAGCUGUCGAUGUUAGCGAAAUGAAGGACGAUAUUCUUGUAGUCCUGUGUUGAUCUGUGGACAUGAAGUCACAGGGAGGUUUUAGGUUUGGGGCUGUGCUGCUGCUGUUGGCGGUGCUGGACUCUGCUUUACCGGAAGACGAAGACAAAACGUUUUACUUCGUGGUUGGCGGUAGCCUAACGCUGGACCCGGGGCCUGCAGGUUCUGAAAGUAUCACCAGCAUACUGUGGAAACACAAAGGUAAUCUGCUGGCUGAAUGGGUGAAGAAUGAGGUGUCAUUGACUUUCUACCGGCAGUUUAACGGCCGCGCAGCCCUGAACACCGAUACCGGACGUUUGGACGUCAAAAAUAUAACUCAAGGUGACUCGGGUUUGUUCACAGUGGAAAUCAACAACAAGGUCCAGGGUCGGCGUUACAAUGCUAAAGUGAUCGAGAACGUGCCCACGCCUUCAGCCCGGACCAGACCUUUGGUAUGUAGCCCUGCUCAUGACAACUGCACGCUGUUCUGUGAUGGAGAAACUGCAGGGGCUGAACCAAUCAUCUACAGCUGGAGGAAGGGAGAGGGAACCUGGGAGAUUUCGACGAAGGAAGUACCAUUCCUCAAGAAUGAGACAGCACAUGUUAAAACAUUCUCCUGCCGGAUGCAGAACCCAGUCAGUGUGAAAGACAGUGAACCCAUAGCCAAUCCGUUCUUCAAAGAGGAACCGUCAGACGGCACCACUGUUGGGGCAGCUGUGGGUGUCCCCUUAGCCAUCAUACUCGUGGGUGGGCUUGUGUUUGCGGUUUUUAAAAGAAACUCCAUCAAGGAAUGGUAUUAUAAAUGUCGAGGCCGCCAUCCCAAUGGAUCUCCAUCUGGAAAUGGGCAGCCUCCUCCUGGUGGACAGCCGCCUUCUGAUGGGAAGCCUCCUCCUGGCGGAAAUUCAUCUGAGAUGGUCUCACUCAUGGCAGUCACAUCAGAAACUACAUGAAGUUGUGAAGCUCUUGUCUCCUGUAAGCAGGAUCAGAUCUGCACUCUGCCGCCAUUUUUCUCAACUGUUGUUGUGGGUUUUUUUUUUCACCGCAUUCAGUUGUUGCCCUUAUUGACUGUUACUUGCAGAAGUAUUGUAAACUUUGAAAACAUGAAGACAUGGUUGUUUUUUAUUGCUUUAAAACAGCCACCAGUUUGGAUAUGAAAGUAAAUGUGAGAUCGGUGAGACAGAGGGAUGGAUGGACAGGUAGAUGUCUGUUCGUCACAUUGAAUGGCAAAAUACCUGCCCGUAGUGUCCAUUUAGCUACAUGUGGGCAUUUCAUUUAGCAGUAUCAUUUUAACAAUUUAAAAAUGCUGUGUGAUUUUUUUUUUUUUUUUUUUGCCUUUCUGAUCUUAUGAUGAAAUGGACAAUCCACCAGAAAUAUAUACAGAACUGUUUGCAGCAGACGCUUCUAAUGAUUUGAACGAACAUCAUUGUCACUCAUGUUUGGAAUGCCGUGAAUGUUUUUAUCCUGCUUCGUGUCUAAUGUUAAGCUGUUUCACAGCAUUUUGGACCAUCGAUGUGCAUGAUGAACAAACACCAAAAAUAAUUUGGAUAACUCUUAGUUAUUUGCCUAGCACCGUUUUAUGCACUGGCUUCUGUGAUUGUGUACUUUGUGUUUUUUGCUUUUAGUUAUAUUUUUCUUCUGUCAUUUAGUUAAGUGCGUUUCUAUUUUGACAUGAGAGAUAAGUUUAAAAGACAUUAUUGAUGCCACUAUUCUUAUUCUUCUUAUUAUUAUGAUUCGCGCUUUGAAAUGUCGAUUGGCGUGUUUUUUAUAAAGUGCCUUAAGAAUAAAUUGGUCACUGACACAAACA